AUGGAUCAAUUCUCCGAUCUUCUCAAUCGAUUUGAUAAAUCAGAGUUGUUGACAUAUUUAAUCAAUCAAAGUGGGAUAUUAAGCAGACAUGAAGUCCAACAGGAUUCAGACUAUCAAAUUUAUUUAUCACAAUUAUAUCAAUUGAUUGAACAUUGUAAAGCUGAUACUAAUAACAAGAAAGAUGCAGAAUUUUUAGAAAAUCUUAAAUUAUCAAAUUCAUUAAACUUGUAUAAAUUGGUAUCCAAAAACUUAGUGCUUAUUUUACACGAAUUACCUUCAAAAGUAUUUGAUAUUGCUAAUGGAUUAUUAAGUUUUGUAUCAUUGAAUGAAAAUGGUGAAUUGGAUGUUAUAACUGAAGUUUCAAUUAUUGUUUUGAUUGAUUUGUUUGAUGCAUUUCCAAAUUCGCUUGGUUCGAUAAUUGGGUUUGCUGUAAAUCAAAUCUUUAAAAUAAUCAAAAAGAAUCCAAAUAUAAAUGCAAAUUUAGUCUAUCUUUUAAAUUCAAUCACAAAGAAUGCCACUAAAUUGGAUAUUGAUGAAAAGACUCAAGGGAAAUUAUUGAAGGUUGUUACAAAGGCAAUCAUUUCACCAACUAUUUCGUAUGAAAUGUACUCUGAAACGGGACAGGAGAGUUCUUCAAAUGUAUUGCUCAAAAAGAAUUAUAUGCUUUGCUUCAAAAAUUUAAUGUUAUUGGCAGUAUCUUCCAAUUAUGAAGGAUUAUUAGCUCAAUCUACAUCAUCGUCUUCUGCUGGAGCCAAAAUGAAACCAGAAGUGAUUAUGAAUACUCAACAUCAAUUUCAGUCAGGAUUAUUGAAUACUCAUGAAAAAAUUUUCACAUAUGGUUUGACCAAUUAUUCAAAAGAAAUAAGAAUUGCGACCGUGGAAUCCAUUGCAAAUUUGUUGACUAAUUUUGUGCCAACUGAAAAAUUUAAUCCAAUUGAAUAUUUAAUUACAUUAUAUCCAUUACCAGAUUCCAAUAAUUGGGACCAAUCACUUUCAGUUCAGAUCGAUGAUGAUGGCGAACCGAUAAUAGAUGUACGAAAGGAGAAGAAUACCAUCUAUGGGCAUGAUAGUGAAGCAAUCAUUAAUUCAAAUUUACAUAUUCAAUUGCUUCAAAUUGGAAUAAUUGAAUCAUUGAUCUUUUAUAUUCAAUUAGAACAAUUUCAAAAUCCAGAAUUUUUAUCCCCACAAAAUUUGGUUAAUAUUCUUGAUUUAGUCUUGUGUAAAUUUUCCGAUUUAAAUACUGUUGCUGAAAACCAUAUUCAGAAUUCCCACUGGAAUAAAUGUAUAAAACAUUGGCAAACAUUGGUGGAAUUUUUGAUUCAGGAAUCAGGAGCAAAUUGUCAUGAAAUAUUAACUAGUUAUAUUUACUCAAACUUCUCCCAUAGUAACGAAAAUGAUGAAAAUGGAAUUAGUGCCGUUGCUGCCACACGAAAGAAUUUGAAUAAAGAACGGAAAAGAGAAUCAAGGUUAUUUGGAUUUAAAAGCAAGUCUAGUUCGAAAACUAAGCGUGAUCCAAGUGGGAAAGAUAUCAAGCCAUAUCAUAAUCCAUAUCAAGCAUAUUUGUUAUUAAGUAUCAUUGAAAUUUUAUUACCGUUUGGAGUUAAUUUUGAAUCCGUUGCACAACUGAAGGUAAUCGCUCCCUCGGAAGAUACUGGCAGUGAGGCUCCUGUCGACGGUGAUGAUGAUGACUUGAAAUUGGAAAAAUCAAACGAGGAAAAUGUUUCAUUUAUUAGGGAUGUCUUCUUUAGAUUAAUCGUUAAUAAUGACUCGUCGAUUAGAAAUUAUGCGUUACAAACAUUAUUAGUAUAUGCUAGGAAUAAUGAAGUUGAAAUUAAUCAAUUAAUAUUGCAUGCAUUCAGAUUAGUUGAUAAAGAAUACAAGCACGCGGAUAAUACUGAUAGUCAUUCGUCCAAAAGUGUUGGCUCAUCAGAAGAUAAUAUUUGUGGGAUUACUUCCGUGAAGCUAUUAAGUUGUUCGCUUGCCUUGCUGUCUUUGAUAAAGCAAACAGAUCCAACUUUAUUACAAAAUUCUACAAUUGUCAAAGUAUUAAGUUUUUGCACUCAAAAUUUGAAACAUAACAACAAUGCAAAAUCAAGCAAUAAGAAUUCAGGAUGUUGGCUUAUUUUAUCUUCCUUGGUCACUUUGUAUAAUUCUUCCGAAUAUGUCAGAUUGAACUCUUCACAACUUUUAGUGUUUUGGAAAGGGUUAUUAACCUCACAAUUUAUUAGCAGUACGUCAGGUACUUCAUCUACUAAUCCUCAAGAACAGACUCAAGAAAUCGUUUGGAAUUUAAGAUUAAGAAAUUUCAGUUUAAUUUGCUUAUUGAAUUACCUUAAUUCAGUUGAUUUGACGCCUGAAUCAUUGAAACAAAUUCAAUUCUUAUUGACUAAAUCGUAUAAUUAUAUUUCAUACCUUGAAAGUAAUAUUGAUCAAGUUGGUGCAGUAACCUCACUAAAUAGUACCAAUUUUAACGAAUAUAACUACAAUGUUAAUAUGAUUCAUAAUGUAUUAUAUUCAAAUUACUCAUUCAGCGGUCAGUUAUCUAGUGAUAAGAUUAUUAUAAGUUUUAUUUUGUACAGUAAGAAGAUCCUUUUGCAAAGUUUCACAAGAUUAGCAACCUUACUCAAGAAUGAUAUCAAUUCAAACAUGAUCAUAUUUUUGAUUAAAUUGUUUAGUGAUACUAAGUUAUUUUCAAGAAUCCCAUCCACAGAAGUUGAAAAAAGUAAUAAAUCAAAGUUCAAACCAAUCGGAGAGGUUAGUGAUCUUAAUUAUGAUCGAGUUGUGCUAUGUGAAGAUUUUAAUUACUCGUUUGGAAUUACCAGUAAGUAUCAACCUGGCUCAGCAAAUAUUGAUGAAUUGCUAGUGAAAUUCCCGUUCCAUAGAUCAGAUGAUGAUAUUUCUACUACAAGUGUCAAAACGUCAGUGAAAACGACCAAGUGGGUCAGAGAAAUAUUUUCCAAUUCGGUCACCGAAUUACCAAAAUCAUCAAUUGAACAAGACUCUACAAAACAAGUAGGUGCUUGGUUUGAUUAUUUUGAAAGAAUUGCAUUUCUGUCUGUUGAGAAUUCAAUUAAUUAUGACCCAAAUGUUUUAUUAUCACAGGAUUAUUCGGCCCAAAACAGAUAUAGCUCCAACUUAUUGACUUCAUUAAUUGAUUUGUCUAUUGAGUUGUUUCAAUUGGUUUUCCCGUACCUUAGUUCGAAGAUUCAAUUUUCAUUGUUGGAGCAAAUUAGAAAUUCAUUGACUGCAAAAUUGAUUGAUCGAUUAAGAUUGAAAGCGGUUCAAAUCAAUGUUAGCAUUGCCUUACAUGGAGUUGUCUCGAAUAUGUUAAAGAAGAAGAUUGGUUUGAGUGAUAAUAUUGCAUUAUUGAUUAUUGAUAUUAUCAAGAGAAUUGAUUUGAAAAGUGAUGAUCUAGUAAAGGUUAAUUCUUCGACUAUUGGAUUAACAUGUACCUUAAUUGAUAAAGAUGGAACUGCGGGCCAAGUAAGCACACUUAUUAAUGACAUUGUUACUAAUCCUCAUCCCCAUAACAGAGGAUUCUCAAUAUUGUCGUUGUCUUAUAUUUACCGUUAUUCACAGCUGGGAUUUUCUGAUAUUUUUAAUAUCUCAUUACAAUUAUUAAACGACCCAAAUCCAAUUAUUGAACAUUAUACUUUAGAAUCAAUGAUUAACUUAUUUGAAUCGAAUUUGGAUAAUCUUUCAUUAAUACCAACUGUUUUAAAUAAGUUGUAUUCCAAUUAUUUGAAUGAUGCAUUCGGAUACGAAGUCUCAACUAUGGUGUUUGUCAAUUUGAAAUGUGAGUACAGUGCGAUGGCUCCUAUGACUAAGUUGUUGAAGUCCUUUAUUACGUUGCUUGGCCCUGCAUUAAGAGACUCUUCUAAUGUUGAUAGAAUCAAGAUUAGAAACAUGAUUAUAUCAAUAAGUUAUGGAAUUGGAUUAGCUACUUUGAGUGAUUAUGCUGAGGUAUACAAAUAUUUAUUAGGGUUGUUCCAAGAAUUAAUUAUUUUUGAUCCAAAUUUAAUUGAAGGGGAGGUUGGAUUUUUCAGUGAAUUAUUGAAUUUAAUAAUUUCUAAAAACUUGAAACUUUCAUUAGCUAGUAUUUCAUCGACAUCGUUAAAAGCAGAUGCGAUUUUCCCAUUCAAUAAUAGUUUUGAUUUGUAUUCCGCUGCUUAUGAAUGUUAUUAUGAAUUAUUGAAGAUAUUUGGGGUUGAUAUUUUGACAAACAAGGAAACGAUUAAUCUACUCUGGAUAUCAAUGAAUAUAAGACCUUGUCCAGAAUUAAAGCAGUUUAUUAAAUUAUGGCUUGAAUCCAGUUUAGAUAACAAUUGGUUUGGAAUUUUGAAUUCAUUAUUUAAGCUAAGUUCUAAGAAAUUGAUUGGUCCUUUUAUUGAAACAAAUUAUCAACAGAAAUUAUUGCCAUUGCUGCAAAGACUGAAAAAGAAAUCUUCUGCUCAUGUAGACUUUAAAGAUGAAGAAAUCGAGAAUAUUGUAGGCGACGAGAGUGAUGAUAUGAAUGAUAAAAAUGAACCAAUUACUUGGGAAUUCAAAUUGUUUAUCUACGAAUUGUUAAAUCAUUUAUUGGAUCUUGCAAAUAAGAAUGCCAAGUUGAUAGAGAGAUUGAAAUCCAAGAUUCAAGACAUUGUGAAGCUUUCUUUCCUUGGAUCUACGUCACCAAUUAAUGAAAUCAAGGUACAGGGUAUCGAAUUAUUGGAUCGUGCAUUGGGGUUAUUUGGUGAUUUGGAGGACCCAUUGUAUCCUGGUGUAUCCAUUCUCGAACAACAACAAGCUCAAAUUAUUAGUACGUUGGUUCCUUGUUUUGCUCCGGGAAAUGAUUAUAGAGUUAUCGUGGAUGCAAUUAAUGUUUCAUCAAAAUUUAUUAAUUUACCAAGAAUUAAAUUCUAUUCUAAACAAAGAAUCUUAAAGACAUUAAUCUAUUUAUUGGAAGAAGUUUCUGCCAACAAAUUUUUAAGAUUUGGUUUCUUAGAAAGUAUGAGUGAAUUUGGAAGGAAGUCCAUUCAAUUAUCAAUUUUGAAUUGCUGGGCUGUUUUAAAGAUUGAUAUGCAAGAAGAUCCACAAAAUAAUAAUGCUGAACCUGAAUUUUUGGAAAUUUUGAAUAAGUAUUCCAAAUUGUUAACAUCUCUUUGGAUAUUGGUGUUGAGAGAAUUUUCCACUUUGAAAUAUAGUGAAUCUCCUAGUCGAGAACUAGAGAUCUACGGGGACUAUUGGAUUAAUCUUAUUAGUGUUUUGAGUUUGGAAUUAGAGACUAAUCCAGAGUUUGUUGAUAAAUAUUUGUCUGGUGACGCUCAAAAUUUUUUCUUUAUAUUGUUCAGUCAAUGUGUGGAGUCUUUGAUUAGGAAUAAGAAUGUAACUGAAAUUUUGGUUUGUGUGAACAGAUUGGUCCAAAAUGGAGAAUUAAUCAAUUUAUUAUUCCAUGAAGAAAUUUUCGGAGAAGUUAUUGAUUUAUUUGAUAGAUUGAUUUUAAUAGAUGAUGAUACUGAGAUUCAGUGCGAUUUGAUUGAUAUCAUAAGUACCAUUUUCCAUACUUACGUCAACAAUAAUGAAAAUUUGGAGACUGGGUUUGAUAAAUUGUUUGAAUUGAUUAGAGUUGCUAUGUUACCUCUUUACAAGAUCCUUCCAUUUUUAAGAACUGAUUAUGAUCCUACCAACGAAACUAAUCAAUUACUACUUAGGCACGCCAACAGUGCUCCAAAUUUAUUAAUAUUAAGGAAAUCAUUACUGAAAUUAGUUGAGAUUGUUGGAUUGUUACCAGAAAUGGUCCAACCUGAUUUAUAUGCUUGUUUGCUAUACAUUUUCGCCAAGGUUUAUGAGAGUAAGAAUAGCUUAUUGAUUUCAGUAGUUAUUCCUCAUUUGAAAGAAGUAGUAGUCGAGUCUAGGAAAUUUGGAAGUGAUUUAAUUGAGACCUUUAGUAAUACCAUCAAGAAUUACUUCGAUAUUGAUAAAGAGAACAAUCAUUCGGUGAUCACUAUGAUCAUAUUAAUUACCAAUGGAGAUGUCAAAUUGCAAGAAAGAGAGUCUGAACAAUUGGCUGUUGCUUUGCUUCAAUUGUUGGAAAGUGCGGAGACGGCGCCUACUGCCAUUCAAUGCAUCAAGUCUCUAAUCCAGUACAGCUCCAAAGCGAAUGUCAACCUUUUAACAAUCAAGUUCUUAGUUACGGAUUUGAUUAAGCAUGUUGGAGAAAGUGAAGAUACAAAGCAAUAUAAUAUUGAUUCAAAGAUCGCAUUUGAGAUUUUGUUUUUAUUCACGAAGUUAGUCAAAGAGCAAGAAAAGCAAGUUGCUUUAUAUUCCGUGUUGGUACCAUUGAUUCUUAAGUACAAUGAUCGAGAAGAAGUCUCUCGUUCGUAUCUUAAUGAAAAAUUAUUAUUCUUGGUUCAACAAAGUCCAGAAAGUUUUAGAACAGUAGUGAAUAAUACGCUCAGCGAAUCGCAAAGAUUAAUAGCGGGAGAAUUGGUUAAACUGGCUCCUUCCGUUAGUCAAAACGCUGAUUCAUUUGAACAAGCUCCGGAAAUACAAUUAAAGACAUUUGGUGUGUAA